AUGCCUUCAUGUACUUCGGCUCGUCCUCGACUCGGUGUAGCCGAGAACGACUUCAAGGUUGGCAUCGAUGUGAUAAAGUUGGUGGCUACCUUCUCCGCCCUGCACUUGGUAGACAGGUGUGGGCGGCUCACUCUGCUGGUCUGGGGCGCCUCGGGCAUGGCCCUGGCCUGCGGCGCGGUGGGCCUCGUCGGGCGGCAGCUGGCGUUGGCCGAGGACGGGGAGGCGGGCGGCUUCGCGCUGCGGGCGGCGAUGGCCUCGGCUGUGCUCUUCUUCGCGGCGAGCUUCGCGUACGGCUGGGGCUCCGUGACCUGGGUCUACUGCGCGGAGAUUUUUCCUGAGGCGCAGAGCGUCGGCCGGCCCGCCGACUCGGCCGAGCAGGUGUUCUGCUGA